AUGGGAAUUAAUCAACCCAGUUCAAAGGACAAUGACUCCCCAAGUUUGGACUCUCUGGUUAAUAAAACUCUGAAGCAAGAGCAGGACGGCCAGGCAUGCAUUGACUCUGUGGUUCAUAAGGACAAUGACUCCACAAGUCUGGACUGCCUGGUUAAUGAAACUCAGAACCAAGAGCAGGACACCUCAACAUCCACUGACCCUGUGAUUAGGAGUAAUGACAGCAUCUCCCCAAGUCUAGACUCUCUGGUUAACGAAACUCUAAAACAAGAGCAGGACGGCCAGGCAUUUGGUGACUCUGUGGUUCAUAAGGACAAUGACUCCACAAGUUUGGACUGCCUGGUUAAUGAAACUCAGAAGCAAGAGCAGGACACCCCAACAUGCAUUGUCCCUGCGAUUAGGAGCAAUGACAGCAUCUCCCCAAGUUUGGACUCUCUGGGCAAUGAAACUCUGAACCAAGAGCAGGACACCCCAACGUGCAUUGUCCCUGCGAUUAGGAGCAAUGACAGCAUCUCCCCAAGUUUGGACUCUCUGGGUAAUGAAACUCUAAAGCAAGAGCAGGACGGCCAGGCAUGCAUUGACUCUGUGGUUCAUAAGGACAAUGACUCCACAAGUUUGGACUGCCUGCUUAAUGAAACUCUGAACCAAGAGCAGGACACCCCAACGUGCAUUGUCCCUGCGAUUAGGAGCAAUGACAGCAUCUCCCCAAGUUUGGACUGCCUGGUUAAUGAAACUCUGAACCAAGAGCAGGACGCCUCAACAUCCACUGACCCUGUGAUUAGGAGUAAUGACAGCAUCUCCCCAAGUUUGGACUCUCUGGUUAAUGAAACUCAGAAGUAAGAGCAUCCGGGCAUCUGGGGGUGGUUAACGCGGACAAAUGAAUACCUGAAAAAAAAGAAGAAAAAAAUAUUAGGAAGAAAAAGAAAGGUUGAUGCCAUGUGACGAUAAGGUGAUUUUUUUUGUGGGUUUUCUCCAGGUGCUCUGGUUUCCCCCACAAAAUAAAUAAGAUCUAAACAAAAAAACAAACAAACAAAAAAAAAAACAGUUCCACCGAUCAUAAAUUAGUAAAUGUCCUUGUGGGUUUCCUCCAGGUGCUCUGGUUUCCCCCACAAAUUACAUAAGAUCUAAACAACAAAAAACAAACAAACAAA